AUGGGCACCCGAUUCCUCCUUGCGCUGUGUCUUGUCCUCCUGAUACUGGGAUUCGAGGUUCAGGGGGCCCAUGUGCCCCAGCAAGAUGAGCCCGCCAGCCCAGCCCUGCUGACCCAGAUGCAGGAGUCACUCUCCAGUUACUGGGACACAGCCAAGGCGGCUGCCAAGGGCCUGUACCAGAAGACAUACCUGCCAACAGUGGAUGAGAAACUCAGGGACAUGUACAGCAAAAGCACUGCAGCCAUGACCACUUACACAGCCAUCUUCACUGACCAGCUCUUUUCUAUGCUGAAGGGAGACUCCUAG